AUCUUUUGUAGAUUUAGGUAGCAGUAAUCAAAGAUGGUUGGUGCCAUUAGAAUUGUGAGCUUAUUCUUGUUUCACUUUUUCUUGGUGACUCAAUCAGCACCCACAAAAAAUCUUGUGAAUCAAGUUCCAGGGUUUGAUGGAAAACUACCUUCCAAACACUAUGCCGGGUAUGUGACGGUAGAUGAAGAUCAUGGAAAGAACCUAUAUUAUUAUUUUGUUGAAUCAGAGUCCGACCCGAAAAAGGACCCGGUGGUUCUAUGGCUUAAUGGUGGACCCGGUUGUUCCAGCUUCGAUGGUUUUGUAUAUGAGCAUGGUCCAUUUAAUUUUGAAAAACCAAAGGCUAAAGGAGUCUUGCCUAAGUUGACUCUCAACAAAUAUAGUUGGUCAAAGGUUUCAAAUAUCAUAUACUUGGAUUCCCCUGCUGGAGUUGGGUUCUCUUACGCAAAAAAUGAAUCAGCUUAUGAAACUGGGGAUAUAAGAGUUGCCCAUGAUACACACGUUUUUCUCCUUAAGUGGUUUCAACUGUACCCUGAGUUCCAACACAACCAAUUUUUCUUAGCUGGAGAAUCAUUUGCUGGGAUUUAUGUGCCUACUCUUGCUAAUAACAUAGUGAAAGGAAUAAUUGACGAAGAUGCAAGGAUGCAGUCAAAAAUAAAUUUCAAGGGUUACAUGAUAGGAAAUGGUGUUUGUGAUGAUAAAUUUGAUGGCAAUGCUCUUGUUCCGUUUGCAUAUGGGAUGGGUCUUAUUUCUGAAGAAAUAUUCAAGGAGACAGAAAGUGUUUGCAAAGAAAGCUACUACAAUCCUCAAACUAAGGAUUGCGCAUUACAACUUCUUAAAGUAAACCAGCUUAUUAGUGGGCUAAACAUAUAUAACAUUUUGGAACCAUGUUACCAUAGCAAUGGAACAGACACAAGGACAAGAUCUAAUAAUAAUAGGUUGCCAGAAAGCUUUAAGCAAUUGGGUGUAUCAGAGAGAGGUUUGCCAGUUAGGAAGAGAAUGUUUGGUCGUGCAUGGCCUCAUGGAGCUAUUGUCAAAAAUGGAAUUGUCCCAUCUUGGCCACAACUCAUCCAUGGAGGUGCUAAUGUUCCAUGCACUGAUGAUGAAGUUGCUUUCCUAUGGUUGAACAAUGAUGCAGUUAGAAAAGCAAUUCACACAGCAGAUAAAAGUUUGGUUAACAAAUGGGUGUUAUGCACGGACCAACUUUCUUACCACCAUACUCUUGGAAGCAUGAUCAAGUAUCACCAAUACCUAACUUUCAGCGGUUAUCGAGCACUUAUAUUUAGUGGUGAUCAUGACUUGUGUGUUCCAUAUACUGGAAGCCAAGCAUGGACAAGUUCAUUGGGAUAUCAGAUUAUAGAUGAAUGGAGGCCUUGGUUUAUAGAUGGUCAAGUUGCCGGGUUUACACAAGGAUACGAAUUCAAUCUUACAUUUUUAACCAUAAAGGGAGCUGGCCACACUGUUCCAGAAUAUAAGCCUAAAGAGUCAUUGUACUUUUACAAACAAUUUAUUCAUGGAAAGAAAAUAUGAGAAAAAGUACACAAAUUGUAACAAGAGGCAAUGUGGUCUAUAAAUUUUCCAUAUAUCAUUAAAUUUUUCUAAAGUUAUUGAGAUGAUAUAUGUAAAAUUUGAGUAUUUCCUCAUUCAACAAUAUAUGAUCUGAAUAAUGAUCCAUUUAAUUAUUUCA